AUGCGAACAAUAAUUAAACAGGAUAGUGAAGAAAUAGACGAUGUAUCUUGUGAUAAGUUGCAUUUGGAUAUAUGGGAUCACGAUGAAGAAACCAGUGUAUUAGAAGCAGUUCGAAGUUUAAAUGAAAUUCGUGGUGUCAAACAGUUAGGUCGUUACUUUAAACAAGUCAGUCAAUCUGCUCGUAAAAAUCAAACUGGCGAUGUAGAUGAUUUCUUGGGUUGUGUUACAAUCGAUAUAAAGGAUAUACCAUCUACAGGUUUAGAUAGUUGGUUCAAAUUGGAAGGUCGAUCAAAUCGAUCCAAAGUUCAAGGCUCAAUUCAUUUGGCGCUUAGUUUAAGUGCACAAAAUGAUGGGAAUAAAACUGAACAUGAUAAAACAGUGGCAAUUCAAGAACAUAUUCAAUUAUUUUAUUUAUUCUCUCUUCAUCAGUUAAAACAAGAAAAUAGUACUGGAAUGCCAUGGAAUGGGAAUAUAGUUGCGGAAGGUGAAAUUAUUCUCCAUCAACAUGCUAUUCUAAAUGGACUGACAGAAAUUCAAGUAGCUAUGUGUCAGUGGAUAGCAUUGGUUCGUUUAAAUUAUACCAGACCAUUAGAUCAGAUUGUUCUUUUGCAUGCGUUCAAACAUCUUAUAUCACUGUGGUCAGACAAACUGCUUACUAGAGAAGAGCUAAAUUAUUUAUCAGAUUCAUUUAAAAUAUUCACAGAACAUUCUUUAACCACGAUAUGUAAUCAUAAUUUGAUCUUUCUUGAUGCUCAGUCAAUUAAAGUAUUGGAUUUGAAUUAUUUACUUGAGUGUUUAUGCAUGUUGCAUAAUUCACGUCUGUAUCAAUUCAGUUCACCUUUUUCUAAUUCUUUACAAAAAGAAUUUAUCACAUCAUUUAAGAAAUUUGUUAUUGCACGAUAUGAGAAACACAAAACAACUGCCUUAGGAAAAUAUGAUGAAUCAGAUUUGGAACAUUAUGAAAUAACUCAAUUAAUAUUAUUCAUUAAAUUACUAAUUGUCGAUUUGGAAAAAUGUUGUGAAGUUUAUUCUUCGAUUAUUGAAAAAUAUCUAGAUUUGGAUCCCUUUACAAUUAUGUACAGAUUUUAUGUACAUGCUCUGCAUCAAGAUUACAUAAAAAUCAAUAUUCUACAAAACCUUACACUACCAAUAAUAAAUCAAGAAUUGGAAAUUAAAACUUCUUUAACAACUGGCAAACAAUAUUUGACAAAAUCCAUAGAACUGAAAUCAUUAUUUAUCCUUUAUUUAUUACUUAAAAAGUUUGAAAGUAUGUUUUGCAUGAAAUUGAAAUCUAGUGAAGCACAAAAAUUAAUUGAUUUUGACUGGUUUUCAUGGUUCCGACCAGUUAUUUCAUAUUGGAUUCAACAAUGUAAUUAUCAACUGUUAUCGAAUUUAGACAAGGGUAUACAAAAUGAUCAGCUUACUCCAUCCAAUGAACCGUUAAUCAAUUUUCUACCAAAUGAAAUUAACAAGGAAACAUAUUUUGGUUUGUAUUCAUUUUCAAGUUUAUCCAUCAUAAAUAAUAUGACAAGAUUCAUGUGUACAUGGAUGUUGAUCGAUUGGCCAGAUGAACAAACUAAGUAUAAUUAUAUUAUCGAAAUUGUUCAAAUUGCGUGUGAAGUUACCGUAUCCUAUGCAAAACAGCUGCAUGAAAAAUUACGUCUGCAAGGAUAUUGUGAUGAAGAAGGGCAGUUUGACAUUUCAACCUCACUCUCUAUUGGAUUAAACAAUUUGGAAUUGAUUUCAAAAUUUGUUCAAUGGAUUCUGAUAUUUUUAAAUAUACAAACUCCUUGGCCACCUGAUAAUAAAAAUAUCCUCUCCAAUAUUUCUAAUACUAACAACACCGGUAGUAGUUGUAGCACAAUAAUCAGCAAAACUAACCCUACUGAAUACAAAAAUGAUGGCAACAUUAGCAACGCUGCUGAUACUUUAAUUGCAAAGAGUAAAUCUACUGAUCAUCAUGAAGUUAAAAUUCCCUAUCAACAUUUAGAAACUUUAAAGUGUCUUCAGUAUAAAAGCUACUGUGAACUCAUUCGUGUAUUAAACAGAACAAUAUAUCGUAUGAAUGCUAAAAUGAGACCAGAAAUCAGAAAAAAUGUCUUUCAUUUAUGUUGGAGUCUACGAUCAACGCCAGUUGAUAAAGCUAUGCAUGAUUUAAUCGUUUAUUUGGAUUCAAAUAUCAAAACAUUAAAAACCAAUGUGUCUAGUAAUUUAUUACAUCGUUGUAUACUAUCAGUAUGGCAUGAAUGUCUUGAACAGUAUAUGGAACAGACAAUUAAAGAAGGUGAAAUUAAUUCAACAAACGUCGGUGGUCCUGGUGCAUUUUUACAAAUGAAGUCCCAUUUCGAUACAGAUAAUACUAGUCAACCGAUCAUUCCAUUGUCUACACAUGAAAUGCAUGAAUUAAUACCUAAUAUACCGAUGGAGAUAGACAAAAAUCAAAUUUUUCGAGCUAAAUACAUAUUGGAACGAUUGAAAAAAUCCUUAGAUAUACUACUUGAAUUUUUCCUUAAAAAUGGCGACGAUCAGAUAAGUAAAGUAAAUUUAGAAACAGAAGAAUAUCAUAAUGUGAAAUAUUUAAUUCAGUUAUAUAACAGCAGUACAGUAGAAGUUGUUGAACAAUAUUUCAUUGAAAAACUUAAUGAACAAGAAUUAUCCAGUUCUUCUUCAUAUGGUAAAUUAACAGUAAAGAUCGGUUAUCAACGAACAUCAUUAUAUGUAGAUGUACAACGAGCUACAAAUCUUGUACCGCUUGAUUCAAAUGGUUUAUCAGAUCCAUUCAUAAUUGUGGAAUUAUUGCCUAAGCAUAUAUUCUCGGAAACUCCGAAAUCAUCACGAACAAGAAUUGUUAAAAAUACAAUUGAUCCUGUGUUUGAUGAACAUUUUGAAUUUUCUGUUACUCCAGAAGAAUUGAAACAUCCAUCAGCAUGUAUAGCUUUCAUUGUCAUGGAUCAUGAUUUGAUAAUGUCGAACGAUUUUGAAGGAUGCGUAUUUAUUCGACCUUCAUUAUUAAAUAAAUCAUCAAACAAAAAAGACAUCAAUCCAGAGAAUUCGAAACUAGUUUUUUCAAACUCUCGAACACAAACUCAAUCUACCAAUGAAUACAAGCAAUUACAAUUAUGCUUACCGCUGAUUAGACCUAUCAGUAGAAAAUAUGGUGCAUUGGGUAUUUUGGGUCAACGUACCGAUUCCUAUGCUCAAGAGAUAUUUAAACGAUGGAAAACACUAGAAAACAGUGAACUAAAUCAAUAACAUAAAAAUAUUCAUAAAAUAAGACAGUCAUUUUAUCAAACUACUCUAAUCAAUUCAUUUCGUUAUUUCUUAAAAGGAUAUAAUACGAAUUUGCUAUUUUAAACAUUUACUUAUAUAACCAAAUUUGUUAUCUCUCUAUAUUUCUUCGUCACAGUUAUAUCACAUUGCUAUUAUUAUGACUAGUAUAUCUAUCAUAUAAUCGACGCUGUUUUUUUUCCUAAAAAAUAUCGGAUUCAAACGAACUGUUCAAGUUUUCACUAAUCGUAAUGUAUCAUAUAUCCACGUAAUUGUGUUUAUUCAUACACAUUAUGAACUUAUUGACAAAUUAAUAUAAAUAUUUU